GUGCGAGCGGCCAGCCGGCUGCAUGGCGCGCUGCGAGCGGCUGCGUGGCGCGGCCCUGCGCGACGUGCUGGGCCAGGCGCAGGGCGUCCUGUUCGACUGCGACGGGGUGCUGUGGAACGGCGAGCGUACCGUACCGGGCGCCCCCGAGUUGCUGCAGCGGCUGGCGCGGGCGGGCAAGGCCACACUGUUCGUGAGCAACAACAGCCGGCGCGCGCGGCCGGAGCUGGCGCUGCGCUUCGCCCGCCUGGGCUUCGCGGGGCUGCGCGCCGAGCAGCUCUUCAGCUCAGCGCUGUGUGCCGCGCGCCUGCUGUGCCAGCGUCUGCCCGGGCAGCCCGACGCACCGGGCACUGUGUUCGUGCUGGGUGGUGAGGGGCUGCGCGCUGAGCUGCGUGCCGCGGGACUGCGCCUGGCGGGGGACCCUGGCGGCGGCGACACGCGCGUGCGCGCUGUGCUCGUGGGCUACGACGAGCACUUCUCCUUCGCCAGGCUGAGCGAGGCGUGCGCGCACCUGCGGGACCCCGACUGCUUGCUCGUAGCCACCGAUCGCGACCCUUGGCACCCACUCAGCGACGGAAGCCGGACACCCGGUACUGGAAGCUUGGCUGCCGCAGUGGAGACAGCCUCAGGACGCCAGGCCCUGGUGGUGGGCAAACCCAGCCCCUACAUGUUCCAGUGCAUCACGGAAGACUUCAGCGUGGACCCUGCCCGCACACUGAUGGUGGGUGACCGUCUGGAGACCGACAUCCUCUUUGGCCACCGCUGUGGCAUGACCACCGUGCUCACGCUCACAGGGGUCUCCCGCCUCGAGGAAGCCCAGGCUUACCUGGCAGCUGGUCAGCAGGACCUUGUACCUCACUACUAUGUGGAGAGCAUUGCAGACUUGAUGGGGGGGCUGGAGGACUGAGCCUACCUCCCCCACUCCCUGAUCCCCAUCCCAUAGAUGGAGCCUCCGGGCCAUGAGUCACAUUCAGCGCCAUGAGCUCCCUGGCACAGGUGUCUGUACCCCAGUAAAGGAAAGCUGGGAUCCAGGAAGGUUUGUGGGCUCUCAUACCCCUCCCAGCAAUGGCUAGACACUGCUGUUCAGAAGCUGCCCCUACAUCUUGAAGGUUUACCCUGGCCUGACCCCACCAGGUGGCCUUAUUUCUUGCCCUGUCACCUCCCCUUCUUGAACUAUAUAUGGGCCCUGAAGCCAAAUGAAAAUUUUCUUCAACCCUAAAUACUUAAGCUCCUCCCCUCCUCUGGGACCUCUAGUGCUCUGUCCUUAGGGCCUCGUUGACCAAUUAGAGGACUCCAGCCCCAUUCUUGGCCUGAAGAGGCCUAUGGAAUGGAAAGCUACCAGUACUGACCGGUAUGUUUAUGUCUCACAGUGGGCCCUUAGUGGACCAAGUAGGAGCAUAUCCUGGAGCCCCAAAGCAUCAAUCACAAGGCUAAGUGACAUUGAUCUCUGGAUGUCCAUCAGGACCAUAAUAACCCACUGACCUCUUAGAUCCCAGAUACAACGAUUUACAAGUCCAAGAACAGUGGCUUUUUGACAAUCCUGGCCUGGCUAGAUCAGCCAAGGGAUCAGGUCCUAGCAGGGUAGGGUGAUGAAUGCCUGUUACUUACAGCACUUUGGAGGCUGAGGCAGGAGGAUUGCUCUGAGUCUGACGACCUGGGUUGCAGAGUGAGACCUCAUCUCACAAUGACCAACUUCAAAGUCAGGUUUCUCCAGGGACUGAUUGGUGGAAUGGCAAGGCUCCCACCAUAAUGGCGUCCAGUGUUGAUGGUUGCCACAGCUUGAGAGGGGGCCCCACGCCCCACCCAUUGCAUUCAGUGUUCGCUGUGCCCCCUCUCGAGCUGCCCGUGCCCAGCUAUUUAUUUAUUUAUCUGUUUGUUUGUUGUGUGCCAGUGAUGGUGGGGGCAGGGCAGGCUCUUCCCGCCUCCUCCACCCUUGUUGUAACCAGUCCUUGAACUUUAAUAAAAUGUGAGUAGGA